GUUGUUUAUAAAGCCCCCCUCACUCCAGCUAACUUCAUAAACCCCUCAACCUCUUUUCUCUCUCAUCUUCUUCAAGCUACCUCUGAUCAUGGCGAAUCUCUGUUAUAAACCAGUACUUGUUGUCUUCUUUCUGUUUCUUUCUUCUCUAUCAGUCAUCUCAACUGAUCAAUCUUCAUCACAGAAUAGUACUGAUAAACCCUUUCAAAACCAUGGCGAAACCAAUUCUACCAAAUCUUCUUCUUCUUCUUCUUCUUCUUCAUUAUCAAAAAUUAUCUCAUCAACUCAAUCAUCGUCAUCAAAAAAUACUACUAGUUUUAAAUCUAAACCCGUCCAAAACCUUGGCAAAAACAAUUCUACAUCACCAUCUUCUUCUUCGUCAAAAAAUUAUCUUUCUUUUACUCUAUCUCUAAAUAAACGAUCUCAUGCCUCUUCUGCAACAACAAAAAGUAGUAGUACUACUCUUCUACCCUCUCUAGCAGCUUCAUCUUCUACAGGAAAGCAAAAAGUAAUCAAGAAAAACCCAUUUCCAUACAAAUCGUCAUUUAAAUACACAAUGGCUUUAGUAGUUUCAUUACCCAUUGGAACACCACCACAAACUCAAGAAAUGGUUCUCGAUACAGGCAGUCAAUUAUCAUGGAUUAAAUGUAACAAAAAAUUCCCCCCACCACCAAAACCAAAACCAAAACCAAAUCCUUCUGCAGCUUUCGAUCCCUCACUUUCUUCUUCUUUCUCGUUACUUCCUUGUAAUCACCCCCUUUGCAAACCAAGAAUCCCAGAUUUUUCACUUCCAACUGAUUGUGAUCAAAAUCUUCAUUGCCACUACUCUUACUUCUACGCUGAUGGGACAUUAGCUGAAGGCAAUCUGGUUCGUGAAAAAAUCUCCCUUUCAAGUUCUCAAUCGACACCUCCUUUGAUCCUCGGUUGUACUCGUGAAACCAGAGAUAGUCAAGGUAUUCUUGGUAUGAAUUUAGGAAGGUUGUCAUUUGCAUCUCAGACUAAAGUUACUAAAUUCUCCUACUGUGUUCCUCCUCAUCACGUUCCGGCAAAAGGGCCGCCUUCCACCGGGAUGUUCUAUCUCGGCGACAACCCAAACUCCCGUGGGUUUCAGUAUGUUAGCCUUUUGACUUUUGGUCAUGCACAAAGUCAACGCAUGCCGAAUCUUGACGCUGCCGCUUACACCGUUGGAAUGGUAGAUGUGAAAAUCGGUGGGAGAAAGCUUAACAUUCCGAGUUCGGUGUUCCGACCGAGUCCAAAUGGAGCGGGUCAAACGAUCAUUGAUUCCGGGUCAGAAUACAGUUAUCUAGUGGAUGAGGCGUACGAUACGAUUAAGGACGAGGUGUUAAGAUUGGUGGGUCCCGGGAAAUGGAAGAAAGGGUAUGUUUACGAGGGCACGUUGGAUUUGUGUUUUACUGAUGACGUGAUGAAAAUCGGACGGUCAAUAGGAGAUAUGGUAUUUGUGUUUGAUAAAGGAGUAGAGAUUGUUGUGAGUAGUGAUCGGGUGUUAAGUGAUGUAGGUAAUGGAAUAGGUUGUUUAGGUAUUGGACGGUCAGCUAUGCUUGGUAUUCCAAGUAAUAUUGUAGGGAACUUUCAUCAGCAAAAUCUAUGGGUGGAAUUCGAUGUUGUUAAUCGUAGAGUUGGAUUUGGUAAAGCAGAUUGUAGAACAUCAGUUUAAAGAGUAUCAGAUUGAUUAGCUUCACAUCGAGAAAGCAAUUUAGAUGAUGAUACUCAAUAAACAUUAAACAAAGUUCUAUCAAGGUCGCUUAGUUUUCUCAGUCGGUCCAGAUUACACAAAGCUGAGAUUCUAUGCAUACUGAGACACAUUAAUUUUCCGUCUGAGAAUGUGAUGGAAUAGCUGUGGGUGCUAAAUAAUCGUUGUCCAUGCUUAAUACUACUACCUUAGUAUUUUGUUUAUAUUUUUAGUCAGAUAAAUACGACGUACUUAUGUAAAUUCAUGUAUAGAAAGUGAGAUUAUGAAUAAUGAAACUUGCUGAUAUUUUACCCACUAA